CAAAGGUAGUUACAAAAUAGAUGGUAAAACCAUUUUGUCUACUUUUAGGACUUGCCAAGGAUGAGUAUUACAUCAUUGGAAGAAUAAUUGCUGUGUCACUUGUCCAUGGUGGCCCUGCUCCACACUUUUUCUCCAGACAUUUUCUAGAAUACAUCUGUGGUAAAACAGAUGUUUCACCAUCUAUUCAAGAUGUCACAGAUCCAGACAUUCAGAAUGUGCUUCAGGAGAUAGUGUCAUCCACAUCUUUGUCAAUCCUGAGAGACAUCAUGGCAAAACACAGCACAGUGCUCCUUUUGGCUGGAUGUCUUCAUAGCAUAAAAGACAUCGGAGAGAGAGAAAGUGUUGUGCAAGAUUUUUUAAAAUGGUACCUCUUUUCAAGAAAUGCUGCAUGCAUUGAAAGAUUCAAAGAUGGAUUGUCAACCCUCAAUGUGCUUCAGAAAAUUAUAGAAAGUCCAUCAGCGUUUGAACCUUAUUUGUGCUUCAGUACUCAAAGUCUCAGCUCUGAGCUCAUUGAAAGCAUCUUCAGAGUUGAAUUUAGUGUGGCGGGUAGCAACAAGAGACGCGAAGAAGGAAGGAUUGCAUCUUACUGGGCAGAUUAUCUGCUAGAUAUUGAAGGUGCCAAACAGUGA